CAAGCUUUCUGUCGACGUGGGAAAGAAUCCACUUGCAAACAGAAACAUCCAUGGGUGUAGUUGGCUUCCGCGAUGAACAUCUGGACAUGUGAAUUGGAGGUAUAUGAACUGAAAUAUGUGGCUGAAACCAGACGAAGUGCUCCUGAAGAAUGCAUUGAAACUAUGGGUGACGGAGACAUCAAAUGAUUAUUUCGUUUUGCAAAGGAGGCGAGGAUAUGGAGAGGGAGGAGGUGGCUUGACAGGUCUCCUGGUGGGAACGCUGGACACAGUGCUGGACUCUACGGCCAAGGUAGCUCCUUUCCGCAUCCUGCACCAGACACCGGACUCCCAGGUCUACUGGUCAAUAGCAUGCGGUGCUACAAAAGAAGAGAUCACCCAGCACUGGGACUGGCUCCAGCAGAAUGUCAUGAGGACUCUGUCUGUCUUUGACUCCAGUGAAGACAUCACCAGCUUUGUCCAGGGAAAGAUCCGAGGUCUAAUUGCUGAGGAGGGAAAGGCAUGCCUGAUACUGGAGGACGACCCGGAGAAGUUCCGAGAAGCACUGCUGAGGUUCGAGAAGUGGUUCGGCCUUCCGGAAAAGGAAAAGUUGGUGACCUACUACUCCUGCAGCUACUGGAGGGGCCGGGUUCCGUGUCAAGGCUGGCUCUACCUCAGCACCAACUUCCUCAGCUUCUACUCCUACCUCCUGGGGGCUGAGGUGAAAUUCAUCAUUUCGUGGGCUGAGAUCUGUAAGCUGGAGAAGACGUCCAGCGUGAUCCUGGCAGAGAGCAUCCACGUGGCGGCGCAUGGUGAUGACCAUUACUUCUCCAUGUUCCUGCACCUCCACGAGACCUUUCUGCUCAUGGAGCAGCUCUCCGACUACGCCAUCAAGAGGCUGUUCGACAAGGAGACCUUCCAUGGCGACCCGGCUCUCGGGGACCCGCUGCAAGUCACCAAAAGGGGCCUGGAAACGCGGGCACGGAACGAGCAGUUCAGAGCCUUCUUCCGGCUGCCGCGGGAGGAGAACCUGCUGGAGGUGUACGAGGGCUUCCUGUGGGUGCCCUUCAGCCAUUUCAACACGCUAGGCAAGAUCUGCGUCUCCGAGAGCUACCUGUGCUUCGCCAGUCAGGAUGGCAGCCAGUGUUACGUCAUCGUCCCCAUCAGAGAGGUGAUUGGCGUUGAGAAACCGGAAACUUCCAGCAGGGCGGUGACUGUUUGUGUUCGGGGAAAGCGAGCUCUACGCUUCUCUGAGGUCCGGGACUAUGAGCGCCUGGCCAGUGGUAUUCGCCGGAGGUGUGGGGCUCUGGCCAGCCCCCAGCAUACAGCAGCGGGAGAGGUGUCCGGAGAGGUGUGUCAGGCCCUCAUCGAGCACUUUGAGGACAAUCCAGAGGAAGUCACCCUGAUGGUGGGACAAAAAAGCAGUGGCAACGCAGUCAGCACGGAGGCACUCAUGACAGUCUUCCACCCCCAGGAUGCAGAAAACCUCGACCCUAAAAUGCUGAAGGAGAAGAUGAAGGAACAGUCCUGGAACAUUCAUUUUGCAGAAUACGGACGUGGAUCCAGCAUGUUCCGCACAAAGAAGACCAGGGACCUGAUUGUGCGUGGAGUCCCAGAGGCCCUGAGAGGAGAGCUGUGGCUGCUCUUUUCUGGUGCAGUGAACGACAUGGCCACACACCCGGGCUACUACUCGGAGCUGGUGGAGCAGUCCCUGGGCACCAGCACUCUGGCCACUGACGAGAUCGAGCGGGACCUGCACCGGUCGCUGCCAGAGCACCCAGCCUUCCAGAGUGACACGGGCAUCUCCGCCCUGCGCCGUGUCCUCACCGCCUACGCCUGCCGCAACCCCAAGAUCGGCUACUGCCAGGCCAUGAACAUCCUCACUUCGGUCCUGCUGCUCUAUGCCAAAGAGGAGGAGGCGUUCUGGCUGCUGGUGGCCGUCUGCGAGAGGAUGCUGCCCGAUUACUUUAACCGCAGGAUUAUAGGUGCCCUGGUGGACCAGGCCGUGUUUGAGGAGCUGAUCCGGGAUCAGCUGUCGCAGCUGACGGAGCACAUGACGGACAUGACCUUCUUCUCGUCGGUGUCGCUCUCCUGGUUCCUGACCUUAUUCAUCAGUGUCCUGCCCAUAGAGAGCGCGGUCAACGUCGUUGACUGCUUCUUCUAUGAUGGAAUCAAGGCCAUCCUGCAGCUGGGCUUGGCUGUGCUCGACUACAACAUGGACCACCUGCUGAGCUGCCGUGAUGACGCGGAGGCUGUCACCAUCCUCAACAAGUUUUUUGACAGCGUGACCAACAAAGACAGCCCCCUGCCCCCGACCGUUCAGCAGGCCUCCGUGGGGAACAACGACAAGACAUCGCACGCCAAGGUGGACAUCAUCGACCUUAUCCGUGAAGCCUACGAGAAAUACGGGGACAUCCGAUCGGAGGAAGUGGAGAGCAUGAGGAGAAGAAACAAACUGUACGUGAUCCAGACCUUAGAGGAUACCACCAAACAGAAUGUUCUAAGGGUCGUGUCUCAGGAAGUGAAAUUCACGGCCGCCCAUCUAGAAGACCUUUAUGCGUUGUUUAAGAGGCAGCAUUUCCUCAGCUGCUACUGGAUGAUGAACAGCCCGGCACUCCUGCAUCACGACCCCAGUCUGCCCUAUCUCGAGCAGUACCAGCUGGGCCAGAGGCAGUUCCGCACCCUGUUCUCCCUCCUGGCACCAUGGACCCACUGUGCCAACCAGGACGCCCUCUCCCUGUGGGCCUUCCGCCUGUUGGAUGAGAACCAGGACGGCUUGGUCAACUUCAAGGAGUUCUGCUGCGGCCUGGAUGUGCUAUCAAGCGGUUCUUUUACGGACAAGCUGAAGUUUCUCUUUAAGUUGCAUCUACCGCCAGCUUUCACAGAGGUAGAAACUGGGAGCCCUGUCCUCUCAGAGGUUCACGGACUGUCCCACUUUAGUCCAUUGAACGACGACCUCUCCCACCUCAGUCGACUGACUGUGUCCUCCCCUGAUGUUCCUGAAGAUGGGGUCAUUAGGAAAAGUCCAGAAAGAGGCCGGGGGAAAGUGGAUUUGCAGGCAUACCUGAGGCAGUGGCAGGAUGAGUUGCUGAAGAAAGAGGAGAGCAUUAAGGACCUACCCAGAAUAAACCAGUGUCAGUUCAUUCAGUUUUCGAAAACCCUGUACAACCUGUUCCAUGGUGACUCUGAAGAGGAGUCUCUCUACCGGGCGGUUGCUCGUGUCACCAGCCUAUUGCUGAGGAUGGAAGAGGUGGGCCGCAAGCUGCAGCAGAAUCCCCCGGGGCAGAGUCCGGCGGACGGGGAGGGCCCCGCGGGGCCUGGCAGCUCCAGCGAACCCCUGGACUCCGCGUCCGGACCGCAGGACGUGGAGUGGUCCUUCGCCUUCGAGCAGAUCCUGGCCUCUCUGCUAAAUGAGCCAGAUCUGGUGCGCUUCUUUGAGAAGCCUGUGGACAUUCAGGCUAAGCUGGAGUAUGCCAAGAGCACCCAGAUAAAGGCUCAAUUAAACCAGUCGACCUAAACUCUCUCCCUUGUUCAAGCCAUACGGUCUGUACAUGCUCAUGCUUUGCAUUUGGCCAUGGACUGGGUGCAGGAUCAGGCCCGGUUCUCCUUCCCCAAACACUUUUAUGGAGUGGAAGCAUUUUCUUCAGAACACGAUGGAAUUGGCUCUUUGUGCUAUUGAUUUCCUGUUCAUGCACCAGCCAGUCUGAUAAAGCACUUGCCACUGUUUACUUGGACUGAUUUGUGUGUGUUUAGCCUUAAGUUUUAAAAGUUAAUCUUGACACAACACCAGCUUUGCAAUUGGAGAUGUCUGAAGUCCAUUGUGACAAAUUUCUUUAGCCUUUCACACGGUGUAGAAUGAUUUUGCAACUGUAGUGUGUUGACAACAAUUAAAGGGAAUAUAAGUGGAUUUCUCUUCAUAUCCAUCUGAAAAGCAGUUGCUCUAUUUGCAGAUUUCUUGCAUGAGAUAUGGGAAGCAUUUGUUUUAUUGUUAACAGAAGUGGGAAUAUUGAGAUGUGUGUCUGUCCAUUUUGACAGUAGUGCCCUGCCUUACGUACAUUUUUUUUCAUCUCAAAAGCAAAUAGUGAUGUUGGAUAUAAAUGCACAGCAUUUGAGAAUACCAAGUUGCGACAUGUACCUGUUGGCUGUAUAAUUUAUUUUGAAAAAUCAUUGAUCAGUGUGGUCCAUAAUCUGUGCUUUUAAUUGUUAAUGGAAAAAGUUAACUUGCAAGGUCAUAUCACUAAAUCACCAAAGGGAUGCAUUAUUGAUCAUGUCAGACUUGGUCUGUUGGAAAAAAUAUAUUUAUUUUGAUGCCGGUUUAUGCAUGAAUGCGCAUUUAAGUAAUGCUCUCUUGUGUUUCAUAAAGUUUGAAGGCUUUAUCGUAUAUAUUUGUUUUGUAUGAUUCUGUUUAAUUCUUGAGGGAUAUAUAGGUUGCUUUUAGAAAUUAAUGCUGUCAUUAUUGUGAGUUCUUUAUAUUGCAAUUAUGACUUCAAUUUGUGUGGUAGAGGCACUGACAGUUUGAAAAAUACAUUGACUGAAAUGUCACUAUAUUUGAGUCCUGUUUGCCUCAGCUUAUGCAUCAUUAUAUUUAUGUUGUACCGUAUGUCAGACAAAAUUUAGUAAUCUUGACUUAAUACAUAAGUACAUGAUUUCCCAACUGUAAAGACAUUCUUUUUUUCUGAAAGAAAAUGGUUCGAAAAGCAUGACACUGCAUGUGCAUGAGCACUCAUAAUUAUAAAUGUGUUUUCAUGAAAGACCAGUGGCAGAGCUUGAAUGUAUUACAGAUACUUUAUUGCAGAUUUCAAGUGGUAUUAAGGAAAAAAUAGGUAAGCUGCAUUGGUCAACAUGACUUGGAUUUAAAAAAUAUUUACCAGCUUUCUUGAAUAAACAGUACAGUAUGUGUUUGCGUUUUAGAAGGAAACAAUCUGAGUGGUUGUUGGAACAUAUGUUAACCAUUGGUUAUUCACAACAUUCGUUUUCAGAAGUGAAGAACAGUGAUGUGUGUUUAUAAGAAAUUGUGAAGGAGCCAAGCCACUCCAUUGAAUAUACUACUUUAUUAUGCAGACAAACGUGAAUGGUGAUCCACUCAGAAAUGACUGCUUUACAAUUGACCCAUAAAUAAAUAUAUAUAUAUAUAUAUAUUUUUUUUUUUUUUUUUGGUAUGUGUCAGCCUAUCGGAAAGAAUGAAAGGUCAGGAAUAUGAAGGAAAUUACAAUUACCUAUAUGUGCACCUAGAUAUAACAAUUGAAAACAUAACAGAACUUCAUUCCGACAACCUACGUUUUUGGGGAAACCAAAAAUGUGUGUCAACAAAUUUACACAUGAUUAUUUUCAAAUCUGGUUAGUGAAUUAUUAAAUAGAAAGGUUAUUUCUGUGUUGCUGUUUUAACAGUUAACUUCAAAUAUACAAUUAUAUUUUUUAAAAGAAACUGUUCUUUAAAAUGUUCUAUAUAUACUUUUUUUUUUUUUUUUUAAUAUUGUACCCUUUAUUUUAAAAUGUUGGAAAUUAAAGGGAUGGUUAACCCUAAAAUGUUUUCAUUCAUUCGUUCUAUCCAACAAUGUAUUUUUUUACAUUUGAUAAGGCCAUCAAAAGGGCUCCACAUAUCUCAUUUACUAAAUAAAUAAAAGCCUAUAGAUUUUUAAAAUUUUGUUUGUAAAAACUAGUAAUUCGCCUUGUGUAGUUCUUUCCCCAACUUCUAAUAACAUUGCAUGUCCUAUUCCUAAGCAGGGGUAUAGCUAUCUGGGCCCCCUGAAAGAAUAUUGCUCAGGAAUUCCUACUGAAGUUUUUGUGGGCUCUCUCCUGUUGCGGGCCCCUAGAUUCGCCACCACCUUCCACCCCACUAGCGACACUGACAGGCAUGUCCAUAUAGCCUUUUAGCAAGUUUCAAUUUCCACACUCGCACAUGAGGCGAGGUACGAGAAACAUUGUGAACAAUAUUCCUACUAGAACCUACACACUGCACAAUGAUAGAUUACCUAGUAAGCUCUAAGCCUAUUGUGUGUUGUUGAAUAAAUGGUCUAUAAAAUUGUUAUUAACUAAUCAUAUCUGCAUAACGAUGCUACAGGGAGCUGUCAUUGUGGGGUCAAAAGACAUCUCAAGAAGGAAAUUAAUAACAUUUAUUUUUAGGGUGAACUAUCCCUUUAACUAAAGUUUUUAGCUACUGUAUUUUACAGAAUGUGUAACCUUAUGUUGGGACAAACAUAAGGUUAUUGUGCUAUUGUUAAGGCAGAAGAUCAUCUCUGCCAACUCUCACCUCAGAAAUAUCCAAAAGUCUGUGUUGCAAAACUUUGCUCUCAUGACUUGAUUCAUUCCUGUUUGUAAAUAUAAUUUUAAUUGUGAAUUGUAAUAUCAGAACUUAUUUAUACAUUUUUGGCCAUUCUCUGAGAAAAAUUGGUUUGAUCUCACUCUUAUGAGUUAACACACUCCCACACACAAAACAUCUGUGUAGUUGGUUGUAUGGCUAUCAAUAGAGUCCUUACAAGGCUGAUCAAUUCCAGUAUGACCUGCCAACCACUUGCCCUGGGUUACUAUAUUUCAAAGAACUAUUUUGUUAUUCAUUAUGAGCUAUUUGGGUUGAACUUUCAGGGAAGAAACAACAUUUGCACAUUAUGUUGUACAAAAGCAGCAGAAAGAAAUCCACAUUAAUUCAACAUCCUGUCCUGGCAAGAAAAUAAAGAUAUACAACUGUUUCAUAUUAAAGGCUAGUAUAUUACAGUAUUUUAUUAUAACCUAUUUACACACACACACACACACACACACGUUUGCUUUGACAGUACUUAAAUUAGCACUUUGUUAGUCUGUUUGACGAACACUGUUGAGUGAAAUAAACCUAUUUGGGACACACAAUUAUUUAAGAUGUUUUGAUUUAGGAAAUAUGUACCACAUAGCACAAGCCAGAAUUGAAUAGAUUUAACAUUGUAUGUCUGUUGUCUUUGGAUUAAAUGUGCAAAAAAAUUAAGAAUUGUAGACUUGUAUUCAUAAUAUUAAGCAAACAUUUUAGGAAAGAUUUUAGGAAGAAUCUUAAAUGAAACUUACAUUGGCCUACUUUUUGCAAGUUAUAAAAUGUAAGACACAGGUGAUAACUAGUUCUAAGUAUGGCAGAGUACUGUAGGACAGCAGCAUGUACAUAAUUUGAAAUAUAAGAAAAGUAUUAUUUCUAAUGUGAUUAUAAUACGUAUCACACAAAUAGAAACCAAACUAGACAAUUCACGGUCUUGAAAGUAACCACUGUUUUAGCUGUCACAGACACAGUCAUUCAAUUCCGUUUUUUCCAUAACGUUGCACAUUCUAUGUGUCACCAAUUUUAGCUAGAACACACAUUGACAGUGACACAAACUACUGUAUGUGACGUCUUGUAGUAUCUGUUUAACUCUGACGUGAAAUAUUUUGCGAAUAUGUGUUCUUAGGACAUUUCAUAUGAACUGUUUGUGCCUAUCACAAGUCACUUUAUGUAAAACAUGUCCUUAACCUCCAAUGAUCAAGACAAAAAUGUAUGUAAAAGUGCAACCUGAUAAAUAAACUGAUAAUGUUU